AUAUACACUAUAUUGCCAAAAGUAUUGGGACACCCCUCAAAAUCAUUGAAGUAAGGUGUUCCAAUCACCUCCAUGACCACAGGUGUAUAAAAUCAAGCACCUAGGCAUGCAGACUGCUUCUACAAACAUUUGUGAAAGAAUGGGUCGCUCUCAGGAGCUCAGUGAAUUCAAGCGUGGUGCCGUGAUAGGUUGCCACCUGUGCAAUAAGUCCAUCCGUGACAUUUCCUUGCUACGGUCAACUGUUAGUGGUAUUAUAACAAAGUUGAAGCAACUGGGAACAACAGCAACUCAGCAACUCAGCCACGUAAUAUGACAGAGAGGGGUCAGCACAUGCUGAAGUGCACAGUGCUCAAACGUUGCCAACUGUCUGCAUAGUCAAUAGCUAAAGACCUCCAAACUUCAUGUGGCCUUCAGAUUAGCACAACAGUGCAUAGAAAGUUUGAUGGAAUGGGUUUCCAUGGCCGAGCAGCUGCAUCGAAG